CGCACGUGGGACACAGCGAGAGACGAGGGGGAGACGCUUUCUUGCUAGGGAAUCGAUUCGAUAGGCGCUCUACUCUCCGCCUGCACACCGAUCGCCGCAGACAGUGCCUCCUCCUCUAUAGACACAAAGCUGAGGCCGGGGAUCAGAGCAGACCCGAGAUUUGCUUUCUAGAAUUCCUAUUGGUCACGUGUUCUCCCCCCCACUCGCGUGGGUCCUUCCCUGCACAUUGCUGGUGCAGUUAUCAAAUUCAAGAGAAAAUGUCGGGAGUGAAAAGAACAAUUCAGGAUAAAGAUCCAGAUUACGAAGAUAUCAACAUUGUGCAUCAGAAUAAGCGCCACAAAGCCAUCGAAACCUCAGCUCGUGAUGCUGCUGUCCAGAAGAUCGAGUCAAUUGUCAAAGAACAGUUUGCGGUUGAGUUGAAGAAUAAAGAACAUGAAAUUGAAGUGAUUGAUCAGCGCCUCAAUGAAGCCAGACGCAUGAUGGAUAAACUACGCGCUUGUAUUGUUGCUAAUUACUAUGCGUCUGCUGCCCUCAGUAAAGGCCAGGAGGCUGCUGCUGGUUGUGAUGCGACUAUUCUAAACCAUCCUUCAAUCAAGAAGUUUCUGGAAUCUCCUUCUAGAGCUUCAUCUCCUGCUAAUAACCGAUCCGAGACCCCAUCUGCAAAUAAUUCAGAAACUGAUUCUGUCUGUGCUCAGAAUGAAUACUCUGAAAAAGAUGGCAACAUCGAUGGAAAGGGGAUAGCGGCAAACAAGGGAGCACAGAGAGCAGACGCCAAGCUUGGGAAGGAUUCAUUGACAGCUGCCAACCUAAACCAUCAAACCUCACGGUUUGCAAGAGCUGAGGAUGACAAUCGUCGUUUUGUGAAGAAGACCAUUGUUGUUGGAAACGUCUCAAAGUAUAUUCCUCCUGACAAAAGGGAGGAGAAUGACCAGUCAACCCACAAGUGGAUGGUGUAUGUAAGAGGUUCUAGAAAGGAACCCAGUAUUGACCACUUUGUAAAGAAAGUUUGGUUUUUCCUACACCCAAGCUACAAACCUAAUGAUCUGGUGGAAGUCAGAGAACCUCCAUUCCAUUUAACACGACGAGGCUGGGGAGAAUUUCCUGUGAGAGUUCAAAUUCAUUUCAAAGACAGCCAGAACAAGAGGAUAGAUAUAAUCCACAAUUUAAAGCUGGACAGAACAUACACCGGUCUGCAGACUCUGGGAGCUGAGACGGUUGUGGAGGUUGAGCUUCAUAGACACUCCUUCAUUGAUGAUGCUCUCUGCUCCCAGUCUUCUAAUGAAUCCAGUCUAUCAGACAUGGGUAUUCCUUCACCUUCCCUGAUUAAAACCUCUUCUCCAAACAAAGGGGCACACGAGUCUGCAGAAAAAGGAUUCAACAUGGCCCCUGAAUCAACCUUUUGUCCCCAUCCUUCAUCACUUGAGCGCACACCAACCAAAAUGACCCAGAGGUUCACGUUUGGUGCUCAUGGCAGCACGGCUUUCCAGCCUAUCACGGCUAGUUGCAAGAUUGUGGCACAGGGGCAGGCAUCUAGUUUAGCAGAGUCACCUGGGAAAUCAUUCCAGCCAAUCACCAUGAGCUGCAAGAUUGUGUCAGGAAGUCCUACACGUAAACACUCCAAUGUAUCGCAGUCUGCUAGCGGCACACGCUCGCCGCUUCUUAAGGUUCAUGGGGGAAGUUUACUGCAAUCGUCAAUAAAGCAGGAGGAGUCUAUGUUUGCUGCAAUGCCACCGCUUUGCCCCAUUGGAAGUCAUGCUAAGGCACAGAGUCCUAAGACGGUCACUGGAGGACUUGGAGCUUUUACAAAGGUGAUCAUAAAACAAGAACCCAUUGAUCCUUCUCAGCAGCAGCAAGAGACCCCUUCAACAUCUCAACCGUCUCUGCAGCAGGUCGUAACUGUGAAGGGCAAUCAUAUGAUUGCAGUGUCCCCCCAGAAGAACAUAAGCACCCCAGAGGGUUCCAAGAUUGUUGGAAUCCCAGUGGGCUCGACAGUUCAGGCAGCCAUUAAGCCAUCUGUAACUAUUAGUGGUGGCCAAAUCCUAGUUGCCAAGACCAAUCCAUCUGCCUCCAAAGUGGUUGGGCAGAAGCAGAUGGUUGCUCAGGGAGUGGCAAAGGCUGUGGUAAGCGGUGGGAGUGUUACAGCCCAAGCCCUUGGAAGCCUAUCAAAAGCACAGGUGUCGUCGGCUGCAUCGGCAAAACCUGGAUCCCAAGGCUCUGUAAUGGCGACUCUACAACUGCCAGCCACAAACAUUGCAAACCUUGCUAAUCUACCUCCUGGCACCAAACUGUACCUCACAACAAACAGCAAGAAUCCAUCAGGCAAAGGAAAAUUGCUGCUUAUCCCCCAGGGGGCGAUCCUGAGAGCUGCAAGCACAGCAAAUCUCCAGUCAGGGAUGUCUUCUGGAAGCACGUCUGGAACUGGGACUGGUAGCAGUGGGCUACCUCAGCACCUUACCUACACGUCCUAUAUUCUCAAACAAACACCACAGGGAACGUUUUUGGUUGGACAACCAUCCUCUCAGGCAUCUGGGAAGCAGGUGGCCACCAACAUGGUAGUUCAAGGUAACGUGGCAUCAACCUCCCAGGGGCAAGUCUUAAAAGUAACCACAGGACAGAAAAGCAGUUUACUUGCACAGGGAACCGUUGGAUCAGCUGCACAGCAGAAACUGUCAGAAAGUGUGCUAAAGUCCUUACCUGUGGCUGGCCAGACACAGAAACCUGGAACUACUUUACUGAGGGUAUCAGGAGGCGUCAUAACUGCAGCUAGUUCAGGACUACCAGCUCUGUCUGGCAAUGGUCACGGGCAGCAGUCUUCUGAAGCCUCUAGUUCCCCAGUGUCCAAUGUUAAUGCAUCAAGCAAGGCCUCCUUGCAACAGCAGCAAGCAGUAACCAGUGCAUCUCAUGGCAAAUUAUUGGUCACCAGUAAACCCAACACAUUGUCUGCUGCCGUUUCUUCAUCUAGAGCUACUCCAAGUCCUGCACACACUGCUUCAAUGCUGACAGUUAAAACUGAGCCAGACACUACAGUCUCAUCCAGUCACAUACUCCCAUUUAGCGUUCUUAAUGCACCGGUGAAGAUGGAGGAUACUAUGGAUGCAGGAUCCUGUUCUGUCAAGACUGAGCAUUUGCAAAACUUCAAGCAAUUGUUAACGGCCACCGUGAAGAAGGUUCCUCUUAUAGUUGAAAAAACUGAAGACGGUUAUCCUUUUUGUGCAAGUUCUUUGGAGCAAUACUACACCUGGAAUAUUGGGAAAAGAAGAGCCGCUGAGUGGCAGCGAGCUGUAACGAUGCGGAAAAUGUUACAAGAAAUAAUCGAAAAGCAGCCAAAGUUCAGUAAUAUCUCUCCACUGAAAACGAAGCAGAUUGUACUUUGGUGCCGGGUUCAUGGUUACACUCCUACUGAUCCUGAAAAUGCAGGAGAUGAGUCCAUCGAGGAUGUGUUGACUCGUAUAGACAAUGAAUCAGCUUUACCCACAACCUAUUCUUCUCCUGAGGCCCUGUGUCAAAAAGUUGAUGAAUUAGAAAAGCUUUUAAAGAAGGAAGGAGACUCUGAGGAAGAGGUGGAUGUCCUGGGUAUGGAUGAAGAGGAGAAGCCUCAAAGUAAAAAAGAGAAUGAAACCAUUGACAAUGUGAAGCUUUACAUGAUGCCAAGUCCGGCCUGCGAGUUUGUCAGAGAUACUGCGCAGGAGAUCGGAAUUUCAUUGCAACCAAUCGAAGUCCAAAAGAAUGUUUACUCUUCUCCAGUUGAAGAGAUGAUUUUAAAGGCUACGGAGCAGUUUGUGAGUGAUGUCCUGCGAGACGCUUUAGCUGCUGGAUACCAAAUGAGUGCUCGCAAUCGAGUGCCUCGAGAGAUAACGAUGUCUAAUAUCCAGCAAGCAAUCUGCAGUAUUCCAUUAUUUGACUUUCUCACCAACCGGCACAUGGGUGCCUUAAAGGUGGAUGAUGACAUCCCCUUAAAAUAAAUGAUCUGUGUCCGUAUCAUGAACUUAUUCUUCAAUGAAACCGGAACGAUCUGAGCCACCUUCAAACCUCCAUGCCAACCACACGACCUGGUGGAACAAAAUAUCCCUACAACUUCUCCACUCUAACUUCUUUUACUGUAAAUACUUUUCAACACGUCUGUGACCAAUGUAUAUGUGUAUGUAUUAUAUGUGUAUGUACUAUAAGUGUAGUUUUGUCUGUUUUAAAACCGAAACAUUGAAUAAACCAUAUUUCGUCUAUAA